UACCCAACACUCUCCUGCAUGGCAAGAGAUUUUCUUGUGAUUCAAGGUUCUGCCACUCCAUCAGAACAGGCCUUUUCAAGCAGCAGCAUCACAGAUCAGAGUCGACGCAACUGGCUCACGCCCGAUAUCUUCGAGGCGCUCCAACUGUUGAAGAGUGCUUAUCACAACAGGCAUAUCCAGGCUGCAGCUGAGGCCGCCGCUCGUAUUGAGCCCCUCGCUCAUGUAACUGAAAACAACCUUUCUGUUGUCCUUACUGAUCUUUAGUCUUGCCUUGCAUUAAUUUCACUUGGCCUUGCUUCACAGUAGUGUACC